AUGGGUGAUAAAGUGGGGGGUAGAGACAGAGGAGAGGCCCAGAUGCGUAUGUUUAGGGAAGUAGUUGAAGAUGGACAGCUUUUUGAUCUUGGAUGGAAGGGCUUAAAGUACACGUGGAGUAAUCGUCACGAAGACUCUACAUUCACUAAAGAGAGAAUAGAUAGAGCUUUUGCUAAUAGCGAAUGGAAAUCAGUUUAUUCAGAAUCAAAUGUGGAUGUUCUCCCAGCGACAUGUUCUGACCACUGCCCGUUAUUACUCUCCUUUCACUAUAACAGGGCAAGGGAGGGUUGGUCUCUUUUUCAGUUCAAGUAUGAUGUAAGCUGGAGCAAGGAGGAGGGUUACAAGGAGUUAAUAGCAGCUCAAUGGCAGAAAGUGACAAGGGAAAGGGGUAAAAUCCAGAAUGCACAACACAAAUUAGAGGACUGCAGCAUGAAGUUGAAACAGUGGAGUAAAAGCCCAGUCCACCACAGAAACCAGGAAAUACGUGCUAAAAUGGAAGAAAUCAAAAGAAACCAACAGUAUGAGAAUCCUAACAAUAUGCGGCAACUUAAAACCCUCCAAGCUACUCUAAAUUCUCUACUAAAACAGGAGGAUCUUCGAUGGAAGCAGCGUGCAAAAAUUCACUAG